AAAAAAAUCACAAAACUCUCUCUUUUGUUUACUGUUCUCUCUGGCUAGGGUUUCCCUGCCGCCGCCGCCGCCAGAGAGACUCCACAGACAAUCUGGUUCAAUUGCCGAAAACGGAGCGGCUACAGCAGCGUAGCUACAAUCUGAUAUAGGGAUCAAAUCUGAAAUGGGAAAUUUUUCUUUGAUGCCUGAAGAUAUGUUAUUGAAUAUUCUAUCAAGGUUGGAAAUCAAAGAUGUUUUUCGAUCCAGACCAGUCUGCAAAGAAUGGAAUCUUUUAUCAAGAACUCAUAAAUUUGUUUCUCUUCAUUAUGAACAUUCUUCACAGAAGAGAAAUGAAAAUGACAAUGGAGUCAUUGGUAUUGGUUCCCCUUCAACUUUUAUUCUCAUGCGAUCUGUUUACACUAAAGCUAACGAUGAUGAUCUGAACUGUAGUACUGUAUUGACACUCAUCACCUUAAAGAAAACAAGCAGUAUGACACUCAUCAAGGAUGAAGUAGACGUUCCCAUAGAAUCAUUGUUUUCAUCUGAUGUAGAAUUUCUACGGACAUCAGAAGAUGAAUCGAUCCAUGUCUGUUCUCCUUUUGAUGGUUUGAUAUGUUUGGCAAAUGGGUAUGAAGUCAAGUUGUACAAUCCAGCCACCAGAGAAGUGCUGUCGUUACCUUCCCCUCCUCCAAUGUCAAACUUUGAACUCUCUUUGGAAGAACUUGAAUAUUGUGUUUUGGGUGUUUGGUUCGAAUCGGAAUCCAACCUGAAACGUUACAAAGUCUUUAGAAUGGUUAAUUAUGGGACAUCUUGCAAGAUCCAGGUAUUUGAUUCUACUGAGAAUAGUUGGAGAGUAAUCAAUAACUUAGUUGGAAGAGCAUAUCCUUUGUUAUCCUUGUUAUUCAAUGGAGUUGUUCACUUUUAUUUUGAGAAGAAGGAUUCAGGUGGUAACCCUGUGCUUGUGACAAUUGAUGCAAAAACAGAAAAGUUUGGACACGUUGAAUUGCCAUCUGUUAGCAUACACUCUGAUGAAUCAUCUUUGUUGCCCUAUCGUGGAAAACUUGCCUUUUUAGAACCGAAUUUUGUGGAUGGUGAUGCGAGGAUUUAUUGCGAUAUAUGGGUGAUGACUGAAUAUGGGGUGGAGAAGUCUUGGACAAAGCAAUAUUCUAUCCUUGUUGGUGUUAUAGAUCUAAAUGAUAUGAAUAAUAAUGGUUAUUUAUACUACGCAUUAGCGAUUUGGAAAUGCGUGGAUGAUGCGGACGGGGAUGAGUUGGUGGUUAAAACUUAUGAUGGGAGGAUCAUCUCUUUCAAUCUGGUUACAAGGAAGAUUACUGAUUUGGAUUUGUCUUGUGUUCCUUAUUGUAUGGCGAGGAUGGUACCGCAUAACGUGGAGACGAUGCUUUCUCUCUCGGAUGAUUUAUACAAAUCAAGCGGUUGAAUGUAUCUUCAAUGAAAAGUUGUGCAAUCUUUGGACUUUUCAGAUAUCGCCAAUCAUUUUAGCAACCCAUUAACAUUUUAAAUGACUAAAUGGGUUAUGUCAGAUUACUUUACCUGGAUUUAUUUACAUCUUAUUUUUCGGUUUGAACUUA